CAACUUUUUAGUCAGCUCCGAGGAGGCCAUUGAAGUGGGUAAAGCGGCUGUUUGGGGAGCCCGUUAAGACCCCCAAAGGAUCGAGGAAUUUAUUGCAAUGCAGUAUUGCGCUUAUUGCAACAGCUGGAGGCAAUGCACCGAUUGCAUCAACUGCAUUCUCUGUAUGCCGUGCUGCUGUUGCAGUAGUUGCAAGCAUGGCAGCCGGCAGUGAUUGUAUUAGCCGAGGGCAGUUCAUGCUUUGUAUUAGCUGCAUUCCCAUGCAUUGCACUGCUUCGAAAACUUGCUCGCUUUGCAACCACUAAUUGCAUUUGUCGCAUGCCUCGCACCAGCUGCAUUCAGUGCACCAGUUGCGUGCCCCCCCCCCCCCGUUGCAUUAAUCUCUGCAGUUGGGUUAAUUGCACGGGGGCAACAUGACUGCCAAGCAGCGCAAAGCAGGCAGAGGGCGGACUGAGAACAAUGCUGGGGCUCUCGUUGCUCCGGGCCGGACGGAAGAGAGGGAGGCCGGGGGUCCCAGGCACAGGGAAGCCUGGGCUUGGAGAUGCCGAGCUGCGCUGGGGCUGCUGCUGCUCGGGGUGGCCGCCGCCGGGGUGGCUGUGCUGGGCUGGCUGCUCGUGCACCAGCUGGAGACGCUGGAGCAGCUGGGAGAGACUGUGGAGAAGCUGCGGGGCCGCCUUGAGGAGCUGGAAGUGCUGAAGGAGCAAGUGCAGAGGACGAGAGAGCAGCUGUCUAACAAGGCGGAGCUGGAGCGGCGACUCUCUGACCUGGAGCUGGCCCAGAUGCUGUCUAGGCAGAAACUGGAGCGAGCCUCUGCCGCUGCUGAGCGCAUCGUGGCCUCUGACCCUAUCGGCAAGCUUGCCGCCUUCCAGGCGGAAGUGAAGCAGGCCAUCAGCGAGCUGAGAGGAGAGCUCCCCUCCGGGACCGAGCUGGCUGAGCUGCAGAGCCAGCUGGAGCAGCUGAGAACCACCGAGCUGGAGAUGCUGAGGCAAGAGGUGGCCGGGCUCUUGUCGUCAGGUUCCAGGCUGGAGCAGAGCGUGGCCUCGUUGACCGGCUCCCUCACCAGUGCCCAGAGGAGCCUGGAAGAGAGAGCUCAUAGCCUGCAAGCCAUGCAGCAGGAAGCGGAGCACGCUAAGGUGGCUGGCAAGAGAUUGGAGAACAACAUUGGCUCCCUGUCAGCCCGGACCUUCGUCCUGGAGGGAAGCCUCAACCGCACCACACUGCUGUCACGCGCCCUGCAGCUGCAGCUGGAGCAGAACAGCAAGGCCUUGGCUGGGCUGCAGGAAGUGGCCGCAAAUCAGAGCGGGAGCGACAGCUCUGAACCUUGGCAGCUGGAGAACCUCCGGGUGCAGAUCCAGCAGCUGCAGAUGGAGAGAUCGGCCACGCAGGAGCGGGUGAACGAGGCGCUGCACAGCAUUGCUGACCAGAGGAGAGAGCUGCAGGGCAGGAUCUCAGAGCUGGAAACGGCUAUUCAUGCUCUUCAGGGCCAUGUGACUCAGGUGGAGCUGGGCAUGGUCAAUCUGAACACACAGCUCUCUGGUGCCGUGGAGCAGCAGCUGCAGGGUCUAAAGCUUGGGAUGGCCAAUCUGGAGAGCAGCCUGGGCACCAGCCUGCAGCAAUGUCUCUCAGGAGAAGUACAGACCCGCUGUGAGACUGAGGAUGGCUGUGGGUGGCCGCACGUGCGUGAGAUCAGCUUCCCGCACCGUAUCCCGACCCAGCCGGCGAUUAUGCUGGGGCUGGUGGGUCUGAGCGCUCGCAGUUCUGUGGGCAUCUCGGUGAGAGCUGUGGACGUCACGGACUCUGGCUUCAAAAUACACAUCGCCAGCAUGGGCAACCAGAGCCUGACCAGUGCCAGGGUCUCUUGGAUGCUGUGUGCCUAGAUGGAAAGCUGUGAUGCGGCCCCUGGGGCAGGGAUUACUGAGCUGGUGGCAUCUGCUUUACUUGGACACAACUGUGGUUUGCUUUGGUUUUCUUUAAAGUAAUUACAGCUUACAAGGAGACCAUGUAGGUGGGAUCCCAAUGAAUAGCCCCUUCCUUGGGAGCUGUGUAUCCCCAUUUAAUGGCAGGCUGAACAGCCCCAGACCUCGCUGAAGGCUCCCGGAAAGUGCAACUGACAAGAUUUGUCUUAAACUUCCAAACCUAAGCUCCUAAACUGAACCCACCAGCUAUAUGCACGUGUAACUGUUUGUGUCUGCGUUCAGCCACUCUGCAUCUGCAGAUGUGUGGCUCACUCACACGAAAAGAUGCACCACAAGGCUAAUUGUGAGGGAAGUUGAGCACCUGGGUGUGGAAAGUUGGCCUGUAAACCUCUUUAUUUAGGGAUUUUUCUGUUUUAUUAUUUUCAGUAGCAACAGUUGGAAUGUUCUUCUGCUGCCCAUUUAGGAUUCUACCCAGUGCUUUGCAUGUCAGAAGUGUUAAAACUUAUGCAGAGAU